AUAAGUUCAUAGACGUCGUGCGUUGUCAACUGACAAUUGUAAACCAUACGCCCCGUUGCUCAUCACCAAGCACACCCACAAGCGGUUCUGUAUAAUAAUAAGGACAGAAUAUUAUUAACGUUGGGCACUGCUGACAGUAGGGUUAACACGUUAUUCGGGCACGAGCCCGCUUUCCUGACACCCAGCAACACUAAUACUUUGACAUCCCUACCCACUUCCUUCCCAUACCGUGAUCCUUUUCGAUAAUACUGUGAGCGGAAUUUGUUUGUCAGAGAUGGUGAAUGAAGCAGUUGCGGUAUCUUUGACGGCGGGCUGAGUUGGGGUCUGCUCCUAUGGCCAUGGAGUCCAGCAAGGGCAAAAACCGUAAUGGAGCAAACGCGGUCAAAGCGAAGACGUUUUCGAUAACUGAUGGGCGGGAGGUGGUCGCAAAAUUACGCACCCUCCAAUUGGACGGUGUAAAUCAGCAGGCGCUUGCGACCAGCAUUGCUCUAUUUAGUAAGCAGCUAAAUAGCUAUGAAAACUUGCUUGGCGUGCAAGCUUCUCUGGCGAAUGGGCUCAGCAAUGGCGAGGCUUUAGCAGACCGUCGCGCGGGUUCGUCCAGCGUACUGCUACCGGGAGCAGACCCCAAGCCUGCACAUGACGUCAACACCCUCCCAGACGUAUUCUCGGUAGCCGACCCCGCGUUGGACCCCGAGCAUGUCCGAGCUUUAGCUUGGCAUGCAAACUGCCCCCAGGAAGCAGUCCGAAAGGAGCUCCGUGCCUUUCAGAAGGCUUGCAGUGACCGCCUCUCCCUGGCUGCAAAGCGGAUAAAGCUCAGCGAACAGGACUCGCCAGCGACUGGCGCCAAGCCCAUGCCACGGGUCCCGAAUGGCUUCACUCCAUCAGCCAUCCGGAGCGCCAGCAGCCCCGCUUCAAUCCCCAGCGGCGGCAACACACAGCGCCACCACAACAACCAACAACAUCAAUAUAAAAAGCAACAGGAUCUGCCGCCUGCAGGGUGCACUGUCAGCCUGGACGCCGUCCAUGGCGCGACAGAUGACUAUGCAGCCCGUACGGCCCAGCUAGCCAAGCUGGAAACCCUGCUGUCUCCCGAGACAGGUGGCAUCAGGGGCACGCCGUUUAGCACGGUGGGCAUGUUCCAGCAGCUGCUGCUGGGCUGCUGCGGAGACUGGUCUGUACGGCAGGCGCUGCUGCGGGCGCUGUGCCGUACCGCCCCCGAUGUGAGCUGGCGGCUGCUGCAGAGCUCCCGAGUGCUGGAGGCGCUGCAGGGAUGGAUGCAGGAUGCCGUAUCCGACCGUCAGGCCACCAUGUUGCGACUGCUGCUGCACACGCUGGGGCGGCUGCCCAUGCGGAGGGACCUGCUCAAGGGUUCCCGGCUGGAAGCGGCGUUGGAGGCCCUGGCUGGCAGCGGCGGGAGCGGUGGGAGCGGGAGUGGCCGGGGGCAGCGGACCACUGCAGGGGCGGGGGCAGCAGCAGGUGCAGCAGCAACAGCAGGUGGAGGUGCAGCAGCUGCAGGUUGUGAUGGCGAGGCGUGUGCGGCUGACAUGCGGCAGCGGUUCGGGAGUGCGGCUGCUGCGGUGCUGGAGGAGUGGCGGAGGGACCCGGAUGCGGCUGCCAUAUUGAGGCGGGCGGGCGGACUAGCUGCUGCUGCUGCUGCUGAGACGGCGGGAGCUCCCGUCCGCCCUACCACCAGCACCACCACCUUCUCCUCCAACGGCCCCACCUCCACCGCCCCCGCCAACAAUACCGCCAGCUUCCCGGGUUCCCGGCUUCUGCUGGGUCCUAGGGCGGCAGCAGCAGCAGCCGGCGCUAUGCGGCAGGAGGGAGGCAGUAGCAGUGGCAGCAGCAGCAGCCUUGCUCGAAAGCGGUUAGCGCCGUCAUCGCUGCUGCUACAGCGGCAGCAGCAGCCGCAGCAGCAGCAGGACAGGGUUGGGGGGGCAACCGGCCGUGGAGUCGCCACUGACGGUGGCGGCAGUGAGAAUGGGAGUGGAGGUGUACCUAGGCCGGCAGCGGUGCCAACAGCGGCGACAGCGGCAGCGGCGGUGGCUCCCGUUAGGGAUAUGACUGCUAAGCUGGGCGAUAAAGGUGGGUCGGAUGGGUCGCAUGCAGGCACGCAAAAGGUGGGUCGGAUGGGUCGCAUGCAGGGCCGCAAAAG